GUUGUCAUAGCAACGAAAAAUGUCAACAAUAUUUCAUCAAUUUUCUAAAUAUUUAAAAGAUGUCAGAAGUAAACGUAGAAAUUAUUACAAAAACACAAAAGUCAAUGGGAAAAUACGUGAAAAAACCUGUUUUAACUGAAAAAUUACUAUCUAAACCUCCUUUUAGGUUUCUGCACGAUAUUAUUAAAGCAGUAAUUCGCGAUACCGGUUUUUUAAACGGUUUAUUCACAGAGAAUGAACUGAAUUACGAAAAAGUGAAAGAUAAAGAGGCCAAAGUAGUUUUUUUAACAAAACUGAUUGAAGCUGUUAAACAUCUUUCUAAAACUGACCUAAAAGUGCGACCAAGCAAAAUUGUAGCUGGUUUAGAACCAACAGAAACGAAUAUAUUUUUACAAACUAUAGCAAAAUGUAUAGAUAUGAAAAUUGAUACGACAGAAUAUGUUUUUAAAGUCAAUUCCGGAAAACUUGCCAAAGAAAACCCAGUCAAAAAAUCAUUACAGAUCGAAAAAGAUAAAACAAAAAAUAAAGAUAAAAAAAAUAAAGAUAAUAGCAUAAAUAAAAGCAAGAAGGUUAGCAGUAAUGAAACGCCAAAAUCAAUAGACAGAACCAAGGAUUCGUCAAGAACUUCAAACAAAGAUAAACCAAAUAAGAGUAUAAAACUUAAAAAAAAAAGUUCCUCUCCAAAAGAGGACAGUGGAAAAGUUCUUCAGACAGACAACAAUGUUGCUAAAGAAAUUACUAACACCAUACAAUCAGAAGUAAAUGAUGAUGAAACAAAUAGCAGACCCCCAAACAUUGAUAAUGAAGCGCUACGGGAUGACAGUGUAGAACAAAAAGAAACAUCUGAUCAAGUACUAAAAGAAAAUCUGGAAAUACAACCAACAUUUUCAGAUGCACGAAUCACUAGUGCUGGUUUGGCAAGACCAAAAUCAGCUAGACCAAAGAGUGGUGAUCGUUUGCUUCCAGACAAGAAGAAAAAUGAAAAUGUUUCACAAAUAUUGGAGAGUGGACCAACAGAAAUGAAGGUUUUUCCCUCGGGGACUCCUAAAAGACCUUCAAGCUCACUACGUCCACCGAGUGUUAGGCCUUCUAGCGCGAGACCUGGGGCUCCAAGAUUAAGACCCGACAGUGCAUUACCCUCCAAUGAACCGGUAGCCAUGGGAAAUAUCAAAGUUAUUAUUGAAAAUGUACCUGAUGAUGAAGAUACAGUAAUUAUACAGAAUGCUCCAGAGGAUGAAGAGGAUAAUAACAUAGCCUCUUCAGAUUUGUUGAACGUUUCUGGAGAAAAUAAAGGUCAAUUGGUAGAGCAAAUUUUGGAGCAAAUUCAAGAAGAAGGAUCUAAGAGGAAGGUGGAAAUCGAUUGGGAACAUGAUGAGUUGAGAGGUAAAGAUGCAACAACCAAGGAAGUCACUCAAUUAAGAUCUCUGAUCCAGUCCUUGACAAAAACAGCAAAUCCUCUAGGAAAGCUGAUGAAUUACCUUCAUGAGGAUUUAGAUGCUAUGCAUAACGAACUGCAAACGUGGACAAAUACUAAAAAACAACUAUAUUCUGAGAUUGAGAAACAAAAAAAGUCUUGCAUGGAAUUUAGUAAACCACUGAUAGCCAAAUUAGAACAUUUAAAAGAAGAGAUUAAGAAACAAGAACGUGAAAUAACUCUUGUUAGGAGUACCAUUUUAAAAAAUGAACAAAGACUAUCCGAAUUGUUAGGGAAUAAGUAAAUUUUCAUAUAUUAACACAUAAAACUUUUUAGUACUGUUGACAUUAUACGGUGGCUUCAUUGAAGCUGGAAAAAUAGCAUUUAGUGGUAACUAUGUAUAGAUAAGGUAGGUGAAAAAUGCCUCUUUAUCUUUAUAUUACCCAAAUAAUCACUUUCAUUUGGCUGUUGACUUAAUAUGGUAACUUAUCUCUAAUUGUUCUCAUUAUUUAGUAUAAAAACUACCUGAAGAAAGGGUAUAAAUUUUAGGUGAGUAAAUAUUUGAUAAUCACAAAUAUACCUUAAUAUAUGACUUGUCACAAGUCGAACCAAUGUUAGGGCAAAUAUUUCAAAUUUUGUUAGUAUAAGCCAUCAAGUGUAUAUUAUUGUAUAAUAAUCACCAUUUACCAAAGUGCAUUUAU